AUCAUCAUGUCUACAGUUUGGAUCGGGUUGCUGGGAUGUGUGUGUGUCUGUCUGCGUGUUACAGCACAACAGCAGGGCUGGGCGUACAUGCCAGGUACGAGGCCUCCUCAUCAUCGUGAUGAUGAUCAGACAGAGGAAGAGAAGGCAAACUUGAGGAGCCAUGAGAUCGAGAUGCAGAACGUGAAGAUAGACUGCAAGGUGGCGUCUCGAUUUGCCCAUACAGUCAUGACCUCGACGGCUCUGAACAAAGCCAACGUCUCGCAGGAAGUCUUCUUUGAGGUGGAGUUACCCAAGACAGCCUUCAUCACCAACUUCAGCAUGGAGAUUGAUGGAAAGACGUAUGUCGGAGAGGUUAAAGAGAAAGAGAAGGCCAAGAAGGAGUAUGAGACAGCUGUGUCCUCUGGGCAUACAGCUGGACUGGUGAAAGCUUCAGGCAGAAAGAUGGAGAAGUUUUCUGUCUCCGUGAACAUUGCAGCCAACAGCAGUGUCACAUUCACACUUACGUACGAGGAGCUCCUUCAGCGUCGGCUUGGCAAAUAUGAGCUCAUGAUUCGAGUCAAACCCAAGCAGCUGGUCCAGCACUUUGAGAUCGUUGCGUCUGUCUAUGAGCCCCAGGGCUUUGCAUUUCUGGACACCAAUGUCACAUUCAUCACCAAUGACCUGCUCCCUCUAGUGAACAAAACAGUCAGUGAUAAAAAGGCCCGUGUGUCCUUCUCUCCAUCUUUGGACCAACAGAGGAAAUGCCCAGGCUGUGAUGGUACACUUAUAGAUGGGGAUUUCAUCAUUACAUAUGAUGUCAAUCGUGAUCAGGAUUUGGGUGACAUUCAGAUUGUGAACGGGUACUUUGUACACUUCUUUGCCCCACAUGAUUUGCAACAAUUGCCAAAGAACAUCAUGUUUGUAAUCGAUAGGAGUGGCUCCAUGAAGGGAAGAAAAAUGAUGCAGACUCGAGAAGCACUCUUGACCAUUCUAGAUGACCUAUAUGAGGAAGAUCAUUUUGGCCUGGUCAUAUUUGAUGAUAAAAUUGAAACAUGGAGACCGUCAUUGAGCAAAGCUACAAAAGAAAAUAUUGAAGAAGCAAAGAAAUAUGUCAAACGUAUAACAGCAAGGUUCACGACUGAUAUCAAUGGAGCUACUUUACAUGCGGUUGACAUGCUGACUACAGGCAAGAGAAACAACUCCCUCCCAGAAAACAGCCCCUCCAUGAUCAUCCUACUGACUGACGGAGACCCAACUGCUGGUGAGACAAACCCAUCUGUGAUCCAAGAAAAUGUCCGUAAUGCUAUUGGCGGAAACAUGAGCCUCUUUUGCUUAGGCUUUGGCUUUGAUGUACAGUAUGGUUUUCUGGAUGCGAUGGCCAACCAGAACAACGGUUUGGCUCGGAGAAUCUACGAAGCCUCAGAUGCUGUACUGCAGUUGCAGGGUUUCUACAGAGAGGUGGCGAGUCCGCUCCUCUUAGAAGUGAAUUUGCAUUAUCCAGACAGCAUGGAGAAUUCCUUGACAACCAACCACUUCAAGCAGUUCUUUGAUGGCUCCGAGAUUGUCGUAGCUGGCCAAUUGAAAGACUCUCAAGCGGACAUGUUUCUUGUUGAGGUGUCAGCCCAAAUGCUCGAGGAGCCUUUUGUGGUCCAGGGCCAGGCCGAUCCUGACGAAUGGGUUGUCAUGUUCCCUGAGCAAGAGUACAUCUUUGGAGACUUCACUGAGCGUCUCUGGGCGUAUUUGACCAUCCAACAACUCUUGAACAAACAAGACAAGUGUACACCCACAGAAUGUGAGAAUGUCACUGCUGAAGCACUGGAACUCUCACUAAACUACAACUUCGUCACCCCACUCACCUCCAUGGUGGUCACUAAGCCUGAAACGAACACGACGUCAGAAGAUACGUUAAUCGCUGACAAACUGACAGAAGACCAACGGAUGGACAUUGCAGUACCAGUUCCGGUCUCUGGUCACAUGGUACAUCCUGCAGGUCUAACCCAAGGCAGUGUAUCUCUGUCAGGUGCUGUGGCUGGAGGUCUAAGAGCUCUGAAAGCUAUGGUAGUUGACGGAGAUCCACACUUCAUCCUGGAGUUGCCAGAUUGUAACGAUACUCUGUGUUUCAAUACUGAUGAUGAACCAGGCACCAUCUUCAACCUGGUGAAAGAUCCAGUCUCAGGAUUGAUGGUAAAUGGGCAAACUAUUGGAGACAAGAAGGUGGAGCCUGGGAAAAGGCAGCACACCUAUUUUGGUCAAUUUGGAAUUGUUCAUGAGAAAUUCGAUAUCAGGUUGAAGGUGACAACCCAAGAGAUCAUAGUGUAUGAGCACGGCAAGCAAGAACAACUUCCUUGGUCACAAACGUCUAAUGUUAAGCGUUUGAAUAUGGACCUUCAGGUAACCAAAGAUCACAGUCUCACGGUGACCCUGAAGGACACGCUGAAGUUUAUCAUUAUCCUGCACAAAGUGUGGAAGAUGCAUCCCUACCACCAAGACUACCUGGGCUUUUACAGCCUGGACAGCCACCUCCUUUCAGAAAGAGUUCAUGGUCUACUUGGACAAUUUUUCCAUGGUGUAACAUUUGAGGUUAGUGAUGUCUUUCAUGGGAAAGAUCCAGACAAACCAGAUGCCCACAUGUUUGUGAAGGGCCACAAUCUUACCGUGACCAGGGGCUGGCAGAGAGACUUCAGAAAGGAUGUGGAGAAAGGAGAACGUGUGCCCUGCUGGUUUAUUCAUAAUAAUGGCACAGGGCUCAUCGAUGGAGUCCUCAGAGACUAUGUCGUCUCUGGACUCUUUACAACUGUCGGAAAGGAAGAAGAAGAAGACAAAGGAGGAAAAGAAGGGAAUACAGAACACGUGACUGGACUGUAAACAUAUUUCAUAUUAUUUCCUGUUACUUUUCAUUACUGGUCAAAAAAAGAAAAAUGCAUUAAAAAGUAUAAUAUUGUUUUUGGAAUAGCAAAAGUACCUGAUCGUGAAUCAGUAUAACAGGAAUGUUUCUAAUAAACACGAAAUGGACUUUGUUAUUGACCUUCUCAACAUGUGCUUCUGAAUAAACUUUU